CCGGCGCGCAUUACGUCCGCGAGGGCGUGAGCCCCGUUCCGGCUGGGCUCGUGCCUGAGAGUAACUCCGUUCCGAGCUGGAGCUCGGCUAGUUUGAAGGCUUUUUUUUUUUUUUUUUGGCUAAACGCGAGUAACCGUCCACCGAAAUAACUAUGGCGGCGGCGGUUUUACUAUGGUAACAGGGAAGUCAUUGGAUAAACAAGCGUGGCACUUUCGUUUUAUUUCCGCCCCGUUAGGGGAGGGAAGUGCUUGGCCCCGCCCCAGCGGCAUGCGUUUUAUCCCUUUGCAAAAGCUGUGAGCGUACGGAGUGAGAUGAGGAAAGAGAGUCGCGGCAUCCUAGAGAGGGGCGCUCAACGUCAAGGCGCCGACAUAGCUGAGGAGAUGGGGAGGUUAUAGCAAAAUGAAGACAGAAGGUGGGACAUCUGAUGCUGUUAACCAGAACUCUGGGAGACCAUUGCCUGGGCAUAUGGAAUCCAGGGCUUAGCAAAAUGAAGAUGGGUGUCACUGGACAGCACUUAAACUUCCAACAGUAUGCUGCUAGGAUCCAGUCCAGGAUGCCACAUCACAUUGCUCUGGUGUCUCCUUAAGUUCUUGUUGACUGUGACAGUUUCUCAGAAUUUCUUUGCUUAGAUGAUCUUGAAAUUAUUGAGGAGUAUUACUCAGGAAUAAUUUCUAUGCGACCCAGUGUAUGUUCUCCUUUGAUAUCACAACACAGAAGCUGUGAGUGACAUCAUUGCCCUGUACUGGAGAAGCACUAGGGGGUCUCUAUACAGUUUCUGCUGAUGCUGCCUUCAUCCAUGCCUGUGACUGGAAUCCUCAUGCUGUAGCUGCUCUGAGAAAGAAAAUCUAGAGAUGAAUGGAGUAGCUGAUUGGUGCCAAAUAUAAUUUGAGGAUAACAGGAAGGCUUUGUUCCCAUAUACCCUUGGCUACACAUUAAAAACAGCCUCAAGAUUAUCAAGCAGGAGUGUAAAGAGAACCACAAGGAGAAUUUUAGGAGAAAGAAGCAGGGAUUAAACCCAGGUGAAGAGAUGUGCAGACAGUCGCUCCUUCUCAAGCAUGAUCCUGUUGGACUACAGUGCCCCUAACAGACAUAUACCAAAGAAAGAUGGUCCUACUCAAGUGUGAAGAAUCAAAGAGUUAACUAGACUUGGAGUGGAUCUACUUUUUCCUUUUUAAGUUUGACUGAAACAAACUAGAUGUUGAAAGAAUGAGAAGAUAUCUUCUGCCUUGAGAACUUGAUUUUUAUGUGCGUUGAGAACUGAAGCAUCCUAGCAUGGUGUAACAGAAAGGCAUUGGAUAUAAGUACUUAUUUCUUCAUUUGGCAUUAAUGUGUGACCUAAUUCUCGGAGACACAGUUUCCUCAUCUGUAAAGUGGAGAUAGUAACGGUGCCUAAUUUAUACUGCUAUUGUGAAGAUUAAAAGAGAUAAUGCAUGUAAAGCACUUUAUACAGUAUUCGGCAUAUGGAAAUAGCUCAACAAAUGUUCAUUGGUCUUUCUUUUUCCACUUGUACAGGAGCUGGUCUAGUGCACUUAGCCUGGGUCAAAAAUCAUGGCUCUAAAGAGUUCUCUGAAUUAGUUAAAGCCCUUUGGGCUGUAUGUAGGAUGGCUCAUCUCUCUGUAAGUAUAUUCCCAAAUAUGGGUUUUAGCGUACGUUCAGAUGUGGCUUUGCUCAUCCAGCAAAACCCUAGACCACAAGAACUUUAUUUUUAUGAUUCCUUUUCCUCCUCAUUAUUAUCUUAGACUCCAGAAGACAGGGCUGAAUUUCACAGGCAGCUCUGUAAUUCAGGUUAAGAGACAUAAGGCUAGAAAGUCCACCAUAGCUGGACUUUGGGCUUUGCUUGCCCUCGGGCAGGGAUUCUUAGCCUCCACAAUACUGACAUUUUCAUCUGGAUACUUCUCUGUUGCGUGUGGGGUGCUGUACUGUGCACUACAGGAUGUUUAGCAGCAUCCCUGGCCUCUACCCACUAGAAUGCCAGUAGCACCCCAUCCCUCCCCUGAGUUGUGAUGACCAAAAGUAUCUCCAGACAUUGCCAAGUGUCCCCUGGGGAGGGGGCAACUUUGUUUCCAGUUGAGAAUGAGCCUUAGGAGAAACGAAUCUGCUAGCUCUUUGGCACACAAACAUCCUGUAGUAUAGGCUAAUGAAAUCUUUAGGAAUGAUUGGAAAUUUAAAAGGCAAAUGAUGAGUGAGUUCAGGCAGAGGAACAAGGAACAGUCUGGAUUUUGAAAAAGAACCAUUUUAUUCAUCAGGCCUUAUGGAUACAGAAAUAAAUAAAACAUAGGUCCUGUUCUGGAGGAGCUCACAUUUUAAUGGGAGAGGCCACCACUUGAAAAAUGAGAAAGCCAUGGAGUGAGUGCUUUGUUGGGAAAAAAUGGAAGUUGCUAUGGGACAAUGAGAGCCAGAGAAUGGGCACCCAUCAUAGUUGGCUGCAGGGAAGGCUUUCCAGAAGACAUCACAUUUGAGCUGAAGAAUGAGUAAGACAGCCUGGCAAAGAUAAAGGGAGGAUAGAAGAGACAUAAGAGAAUUGGGGGUUUGGAGGGAAAUGCAAAUCAUUUAGGUUGGCUGGGAGAGGAGUGCUCAAGAACAAGGAGUGGUGGAAGAGAGGGCUUGUCAGACAGAUAGGCAGAUCAUGAAAGUCCCUCUAAGUCACAUGAAAGACUCAAUUCUGAGAACUAUCAAGAGCCAUUGAGUUUCUCCAUCAUGCUGCUUAGAUUUAGGGAAGAUUAGCUGCAGUGUGGAAAACAGAUUGGAAGUAAGGCGACCAGUCAGGAGGCUAUUAUUGUAGUCCGGGGAGAGAUGAUUUUAACUUGAGUUAGAGUAGUGGCAGUGGGAAGGAAUUCAAGAUCUAUGGUGACCAGUCAGGAGGCUAUUAUUGUAGUCCGGGGAGAGAUGAUUUUAACUUGAGUUAGAGUAGUGGCAGUGGGAAGGAAUUCAAGAUCUAUUUAGGUGAUGAGAGCAGUAGGAUUUGGGGACUAGUUAGGAAUGAGGACAGUUUCUGGCUUGUGGUACUUGUCAUGUUAUUCACUAGUAUGGAAGAGGUUUGGAAGGAAGAUGAAGUUUAAGUUUGGAAAAGUUGAAUUUGAAUGUGAUCAUUGAGGUGGGGAUAUCUGGUCAGCAUUAAAUAUAUGAGUUUGACGAUCAGGAGAAAAUUUAGGGUAGAGAUACAAGAUUGAGAGUCAUCAGGGGAAACUGAAGCUAUGGAAAUGAAUGAGAUUGUCCAAGGAGAAUGUGUAUACUGUAAAGAGAUGAGGGCUCAGCUUAUUCCUAUGGCCUGGUUCUUCACUUCAUUUGUGUCACAUCCUCUGAGAGGCUUUCCUUGACAAAUGUAUGCAAAAUAUCACCCCAUCACUCUAUUCCUUUACCCUGUUUUUAUUUAGUAACACAUUACUAUCCCAUAUUAGGUUAGGUAUAUAACCCAUUAGCUUUUUGGUUACUCUCAGAUAUUUACAAUAGUUUGACUAACAGGCAUUAAAAAGUUCAACCACUCAAAACCAAAAUUUCUAUCUCACAUUCAGUUUAAAGCUUCUGUAGCCUCCAACCUCCAGUGCCUCGGGACUAGAGAUCACACAGAUCUCCAGUGAAGAAAGGUGACUUGGUCUGUUCUUUCACUCUCCUUGCUCCACUUCCUCCCCUACUUGCUCUGCUGCUUGGGCUUCCUCCAGUGUGUGGGGGGGAGGGUAGGUAGAAAGAGGGAGUCUUAAAGGGACAGCCCAAACUUAAUUGACUGUGGCUGGUGUAAUCUGGCUAUCAGUGUCCUUUGUAAUGCCUCAAUACUGCCUUUUUUGUAAUGUGCUUUUGUAAUUUCUUCAGAGACUCCUUCACUCCCCAUCCCCCUAGCGGACCUCAUCUCUGCACCAUUCCUGAUGGGGACAAUGUGUGCCCUGACUGCCCUGCCUGUCUCCCUCCUUGGCUCUUGCCUACACAACUUUCUUCUCAUGGAAUCCUCAUUCUUGCUGCUGGAGUUGCCAGAUACACUCUAAGAAAACUCCCUGGCCCACUGAAAACAUGGUCCCUUGGAAGCCUAGACCUCUUUCUUUGCCCUGCUGCUGUGAACAACUUCAACCAGCCUCCUGCCUUCAGAUUUCUUCAGUUAAUCUCUAGAAUUCUCCUAUAUGGAAUGGAAAUGACUGGUAUGGGCAGAGAAUGUGGGGUCUGAGAAGAAUAAGAAAGACAAUGAAAGAUAGGAGAACCAGGAGACUGCAGUGUUCCAAAAGCCAUAGGAGAGGAGACUUUAAAAAGAAGAAAUGGGCAACAGUGGCAAAAGAAAAUAAAACAGAUACGGCCAUUAACUUUUGUAACAAGGCGCCCCUAUCUUUUGCUUUCAUAUCCUGCAUCUGCUAAAGUGCUUCACAUGCAAUGAGGGCUUAGUACAUCUUGACCGGUGGUUCUCAACUGAGGACAUUUGGCAAUAUCUGGAGACAUUUUUGGUCAUCACUACUGACAUCUAGUGAGUAGAGGCCAGAGAUGCCGCUAAACAUCCUACGGUGCACAGGACAGCCCUUCCCUCCCCACUUCCCGUCCCACACCCCUCCUUCCCGGCCAACAGCAAAGCAAAGCGUUAACUGGUCCAAAAGGUCAAUAGUGUAGAGGUGGAUAAACCCUGAUCUUGCCUGAAUAAGAGACUGAAUCUACUUUUUACAUGCUAUGCUUACUGUAGACCACUAGUGCACUACAUUUGCUUUGUCAGGAAGCCUGUUUUUUCCUUGUUUUUUUUUUUUUUAAUUAACAAAAGUAAGCUUAUCCAGCCAGAAAUGGAGUGUCCUGGAAACCAGAAUUAAGACUUUGGCAACUGAGAUGUACCGGAUCGACAGGAGAACAGAUAUUUAUACGGUCUAGAGUCUUCAUCUUAGAAGUCCACAAUUUGACAACUUUUGGCUCAGCGGAGCGGAAAAGAAAGAUGAUGUAUCAUCUGAGAGAGACUCCCAUCCUCAGUCCUCAAGCUCCCUUUGCUAAACUGGGACGGCAUUCCCCCAGUGCCUUAAGGCUCUGGCUCCCAGAGUCCCCCUUGGGGUGGGGCGGCCCCCUACCGAGGAGCCCGGAGCGCCAAGCGGCCCCUUUAAGAGUCCAGCUCCUCCCCGCUCCAGGGAAAGUUGCAGCUUUUUCCGCCUCCCAGGAGGGUGAGAAGAGCCGGCGGCCGGAGCAGGGUUGCGAUCUUCCCGGAGCCCGAGACCCUCCCCUGAAUCCGGCACUGGGACGUCUCGCCCUCUCGUGGCACCUGUUGCAGGUAACAGUACCCUGCCUGCUUCUUCAGGACCAGAGGACCUAGCAUUCCAAAAUACUGCUUUCGACUGGAUUGACCCUAGACCUUGCAGCUGUGGUAGCUCUCCUGGUCUGGUAGCUUUGAAGAAAGAAGAGUAGAAGAGAAAAUAGAAUCAUCAUGUCGGAGAUACUUGACCUCUCUUUUCUGUCUGAAGUGGAAAGAGAUUUGAUCCUCAGUGUUCUACAACGGGAUGAGGAGCUCCGGAAAGCAGAAGAGAAGCGGAUUAGGCGACUGAAGAAUGAGUUGUUGGAGAUAAAAAGGAAAGGGGCCAAGAGGGGCAGCCAACACUAUAGUGAUCGGACCUGUGCCCGGUGCCAGGAGAGCCUGGGCCGUUUGACUCCCAAGACCAACACUUGUCGGGGUUGUAAUCACUUGGUGUGUCGGGACUGUCGUAUCCAGGAAAGCAGCGGUACCUGGAGGUGUAAGGUGUGCGCCAAGGAAAUAGAGCUAAAGAAGGCAACUGGAGACUGGUUUUAUGACCAGAAAGUGAACCGCUUUGCUUACCGCACAGGCAGUGAGAUAAUCAGGAUGUCCCUGCGUCGCAAACCUGCAGUGAAUAAAAGAGAGACAGUGGGACAGUCCCUCCUUCAUCAGCCACAGAUGGGUGAUAUUUGGCCAGGAAGAAAGAUCAUUCAGGAGCAACAGAAGGAGCCCAGUGUGCCAUUUGAAGUGUCCAAGCUGAAAAGUGGAAAGAGCGCCCUGGAGGCAGAGAGCGAGAGUCUGGAUAGCUACACGGCUGACUCGGAUACCACGUCCAGGAGAGACUCUCUCGAUAAAUCUGGCCUCUUUCCAGAAUGGAAGAAGAUGUCUGCCCCCAAAUCUCAAGUAGAAAAGGAAACUCAGCCUGGGGGUCAAAAUGUGUUAACUGUGGAUGAGGGUGAAAUGAUAUUCAAGAAGAACACCAGAAAAAUCCUCAGGCCUUCAGAAUACACUAAAUCUGUGAUCGAUCUUCGCCCGGAAGAUGUAGGGCGUGAAGAUGGCUCCUUGGGAGACAGAAGCAAAUCUGUCCCAGGCCUCAGUGUGGAUUUGGAAGAGGAAGAGGAGGAAGAAGAAGACAUCGACCACCUGGUGAAGUUACAUCGUCAGAAGCUAGCCAGAAGCAGCAUGCGAAGUGGCUCGUCCAUGAGUACCAUUGGCAGCAUGAUGAGCAUCUAUAGCGAAGCUGGCGAUUUUGGGAACAUCUUCGUGACCGGCAAGGUUGCCUUUUCCCUGAAGUAUGAGCAGCAAACACAGACUCUGGUCAUUCACGUGAAGGAGUGCCACCAGCUGGCCUAUGCUGACGAAGCCAAGAAGCGCUCAAACCCAUACGUGAAGACUUAUCUUCUGCCUGACAAAUCCCGCCAAGGGAAAAGAAAAACCAGCCUCAAGCGGGACACCAUUAAUCCGCUAUAUGAUGAGAUUCUCAAAUAUGAGAUCCCAGAAUCUCUCCUGGCUCAGAGGACAUUGCAGUUCUCGGUUUGGCAUCAUGGUCGUUUCGGGAGAAACACUUUCCUUGGAGAGGCAGAGGUCCAGAUGGAUUCCUGGACGGUUGAUAGGAAAUUGGAUCAUUGCCUCCCUUUACAUGGAAAGAUCAGUGCCGAGUCCCCAGCCAGCCUGCCAUCACACAAAGGCGAGUUGGUGGUUUCGUUGAAAUACAUCCCAGCCUCCAAACUCUCUGUUGGAGGUAACCGGAAAAAGAGUAAAGGCGGGGAAGGGGGAGAGCUCCAGGUGUGGAUCAAAGAAGCCAAGAACCUGAUGGCCGCCAAAUCAGGAGGGACUUCAGACAGCUUUGUGAAGGGAUACCUGCUUCCCAUGAGGAACAAGGCCAGUAAGCGGAAAACUCCUGUGAUGAAGAAGACCCUGAAUCCCCACUACAACCAUACAUUUGUCUACAAUGGCGUGAGGCUUGAAGAUCUCCAGCACAUGUGCCUGGAGCUGACAGUGUGGGACCGGGAGCCCCUGGCCAGCAAUGACUUCCUGGGGGGGGUCAGGCUGGGUGUUGGAACUGGAAUCAGUAACGGGGAAGUGGUGGACUGGAUGGAUUCGACUGGGGAAGAAGUGAGCCUGUGGCAGAAGAUGCGGCAGUACCCAGGGUCUUGGGCAGAAGGGACUCUGCCGCUCCGUUCCUCGAUGGCCAAGCAGAAGCUGGGCUUGUGAGCCCCUGUCCUUCUCUGCAGGUCCAGCCCUGUCCAGGGCAAGUCGGAGGAAGUGAAGAAACCAAGAGCAAAGAUUUAUAAUUUAAUAUGUGUGUGUGUUAUGUAUGUGUGUGUAUAAGUGUGGAUUUCUACAAAUCUCAUCAUACCAGAGUGAGCAGACUUCUCCCCCUUUUUAACGCAAGCUCGAGAAUAAGAAUCUCUUCAAAAUGUUUUUAUUUGUGCAUAAACUAGUAUGUGUUUUCAGAGUCCAAUUUCUUCUAUCUUUAUGAGAUUUAAUUAACUUAUCUUUCAAAACAACUUUUUAUUGCCUUGCUAUCCUGGACACUCCUUCCCUGGGAAGCCCUGACUGCCUUUGGCACUCAUACCUGUCUGUGUUUUCAAGAUUUGCCUGGUCUGAGGGCAAGGCUCUGGGAAGCAGGGGUGGGUUACCCAGGAAAGAAGAUGGGAGAGAAGUGAGUAGGUCCUUUCUUUCCUCCCCAAUUUAUGCUUUUAACUCCAUUAUUUACCUUGACACAUUUCUGAAACUAGGCUUUUAACUCCUCUUGUUUUUAGCAGUUUCCACCUUGCUUGGGUCUAAUGGCUUUCUUGGAAAUGCUAAGAAAAUGUUUAAGUUGCUUCCAGUUCUGGACACCUUCACUAGACCUUUGGGGGACCCUUAGAAUUGUGCUGCUUUAGAAAAGCACUUUAAUUAGAUAACGGCCUUUGGAGUGGGACAUGGGCAUGCCCAGUAAGGGCUUCUCAGUGGUCCCUGGGGACUGGUGAAUGUCUCCCAGGCUGUGCUGAAUUCAUUGCAUUUUAAACUGAUGCAGUGGUUAUUAGAGAGCUCCUAAUUUCUCUAAUGAAAGACAAGACAUCUUCACUCUCACGAACCACACCUUCCUUAGCGUUUGUGUCCGCCGUGUGCUACCACACAGAAUGUGGUCUCUAUACUGUCAUGUAGCCAGAAUAGCCACGAUGGUCUAAAACCAGUCCAGUGUUUCUCCAGCCUGGGCACUGUCAGUGCUCCAAGAGAACGUGUUCCGAGACUCUCCCAGUUUUUCUGACUUCCUUCUUGAAGUGGUUUCAGUUCCUAUAUUUUCUAUUCCUAAUCUUGACCUAGAUGUAACCUAGGUGUGGUGGGUUGAGACCUUUCCAAUUUCAGUUUAGUAGUCUAAGGUUCAUUCUCCAAAACUCACUGUUCCAAACUGACCUUUUUAUUUUCACCACUGUAUCAACACAAAGUCAUUUGCAAAAGGAGCCUGUACGGGAGAAAAAGUCGUUUUCAGUAGAGUCGGGUGCUAGUGGACGCUCCUCUAAGGCUACUGGACUGAAGGCAGCCACGGCAGUUUCUGCUGUAUGUGUGAAGCGAAUGGAAGAGUGUUUUAAAAAGGUUUACUUGGUGUGGAUUGAUACUGUAAUGGAAGGCGUAACCUGGGAUCCCAGACUGUCACGUGCCUCUUUGUUCUCCACACCCUGAAAUGUGUGUGUGCUUCAAUAAAGCUUUCUCACUUGCCAA